GUUGUUUUCGUUUAUGGCAUCCCUGUUCGUUUUAAUUCCUGCUCCAAUUAUGUUCGGUUACCUCAUCGACAGUACAUGCCUUAUUUGGGAGAGAUCAUGCGGGGUAAGAGGUGCGUGUGAGCAGUACGACCUGGAAUCUCUGCGGUUCAGACUGACCGGCGCGGAUUUCUCCUUCAGGGUUGCUAGCAUGUUCUUCUUCUCUAUCGCCUUCAUUGUUGUCAAGUUACAAGGUGACGAUAAACGCACUGAUGAACCAAUUGAACUGACAGGGAAAACCGACAAGAAAACUGAGUUGUCUGCCCUGUGAAGAAACAUACCCACAGCCUGUUUUGAAACACGAUACAUAAUUCGGGAAAAAAAUCGAUAUUCAAGCAUAUAUUUUAUGAAGGCUAUUCGAUAUAGUAAGAUUCCCACCUACAGUUUCCAAAGGGUAUUCAAAGUUAUCAAUGUUGCAUCCAG